GCUCGGAGCGGUCGCUCCCCGCUCUCCGCGUUUCGUCGCCGGGCAACGCUCCGGGCCGGCGGCUCCGCCAUGUCCGGCCUCAGCCCGGGGGUGCCGCGCCGCUUCCAGGAGCUCACCUUCUACCGCGGCUACGGGCAGCCGCAGGCUCACCCCCGCUUCCGGACCGUCAACCAGAGCUACGGCAGCAGGGCCCCCACGGUGCACGAGCUGCCGAACUCCUUCCACUCCCUCUCGCACAAGUUUUCGGAUCACCUGGGCAAGAUUGGCAUGUGCAGGAACGAGAGCCUGAACACGUCCCUGGAGAAGAGCCACUGCACCGGCUCCGACACCUUCAUCACCGCCUACGAGCACCUGGAUUUCCACCCCAGCUACAACCCCAGCGGCCCCUCGCACUGCCGGGACCAGCCGCUGUAGCCAGGACACCGCUGCAGCUCUUGGCUGCCUUGGGAAAUACACCCACAGCCAGCCUUGCUACUAAACAGACCCGCUAGAUUACAGAGGGAAUGUUAUUUAGGAGUAAUAUGUUAAAGAUUUCAUGUGGUUAAGUGUCAGUUAGGUGGCUGAUGUGAAGCAUUUUACCUAAUUUAUCAGCAGCUUAUAAAUGCUAGAACUACAUAAAUUCCGUAUUUAUCCCGUUAUCCCCUUCUCUGUCACUAAUGAUCCUUUACACUCUUGCCUCGUGUACCAUGUAUCAUUAAAAAUUAAGAUGAAACUG